AUGUUGCCGGUGUAUGGACCGUACGGAUUGAACGCUAGCCAAGAGGUUGGGAUUUUACUGGCACAAUAUGAAGACGCGGCCUCGUCUUAUGUUCCUCUGGUACUUUUGGAAGGUUUUGCAAUGGGCUCGCUAUGUGCGUGUGCACUGCUCGGAUCAUAUAUUCUUUGGAUCAAGCUGCGCUCUACUACUCGUGCAUUACUCAUCACGGCCCUUUGGUUCUCCCUUACCGUGACUCUUAUUCACUGGGCGCUUUCUCUGCGGCAGCUCAUCUCGUUGAUCAACGGCGGCCUUUCUGAGGAUACCGGAUCGGAUGCCCUAUCUAUCUACGAGGAAUUGGAUGGUCAACAAAUAGCACAAUAUCAGGCUUGGCAGGAUGCGUGGGAACUACUGCUGCCGCUUGUGACAGAGACUGUCCUGUUUGGCUUCUCCUCGGUUCUUUUCGCGGUGACGGCGUGCAUCUACACUCGGCGUUGGCGAUCGCAAGGAAGCUUACACUUCAGCCCCAUGGCUGUAGUGAUCCCGACACUCGCGGCCACCAUGUACACGCUGUCAAUGAUACACUGGGCUGUUUCCCUCGGAUAUUUCACGCGUUACAGGACUAGUGGCAAGUCCGCCUCUCUUCAUCUAACUCUUGUGGUGUUACUCUCCAUCAACGCCGUCCUAAGCGAUUCGAUUGUCCUGUGGCGUAUGUGCGUCGUAUGGGACAAGAGGCGCCUAGUUCUCGCUUUCGCUACUGUACUGAUCAUCGCCAUAUCGGUGUUCAACGUCCUAAACCUGGUAUGGGAUGGUGCGAGUGUAAAGCUCAGCGCGAUACCUUCCCCGGGGUUCAACGUCGGGGACACGGAAAUCAUCGUGAUAUAUGGCAAGACUUACGUUGGACUCGCCGCAGCUUUCGUGUCGCUCGCGAGCAAUGCUUGUGCCACAGCUCUUGUCGGCCUCAAGGCAUGGAUGCAUCGGAGACAAUUGGCAGAACUCAUCCGAGCCAACGGUCGUCGAACUCUCGUCGAAAGGGUCAUGGAGAUUCUUGUGGAUUCAGGAAUCGUCUAUACUGCUAUAUGGGCACUAUACUGCGCCAGCUUUGACGUAUCCAUCGCACCUCAGUCCAUAACGCCUUACUCCCCGGUGGUCAUUACGGCCGUCGAUCAUCUUGAUUAUGUCAUGGCCCAGCUCACCUCCAUUUAUCCGCUGGCUAUAUUCAUUCUCGUGGCCUUCGACAGGGUUUACCACACGCGCAAGCCUCAAAUGCUGUCUCUCAGCGACGUUGGAAGAAGGGCUAACGACGGGCGCGAAGCUGUGACUGUCACCUUUGACAUCGAUGUUGAGCGCACGGCACUCGGCCGUGGAUCCGCGUAUCCGUCAGGAGGCGGUGAGCACGAAGGCGACGAGAUCAAACAAGGGCAUUCAUGA